AUGAGCAUCUUGCCCAACGAACUUUUGCUGCUGGCUCUGGCCCAGCUGCCGCUCGACAGCAUCUGUGUCGCUGGCUCUGUGUGCUCUCACUGGCGCAAGUUGGUUGUGGACAAUGACCAGCACCUCUUUGCUAGCGAAAUGUUGCUGCUAUUUCCUCUCAUGAACCCCAUCAGACCACAUGAAACCAACGAUUCGUAUCGUCUGCGGUUUCUCAGGGCAAGUCUGGGUCGCAUCAAGGGCCUGCCUAACCAGAUCAUUCACACGAGGCUAUUCUACGAGCUGCAAUUGCUGGAUCAAGAACCCCCCACAGUGGACAUUCAGGCCAUCAAGAUCGACACGACGGAUAACCAACACAUCACCAUCCACAAUAACGAACUGAUCCCCGCCAACAUGACUCCCUUGUUUGCUGAAGAUGUCAUCUGCAGACACUGGGCUACAGACCAGAGCAGUGUGUCCUACAUCAGAGACAAGAUGCUGGUUCGCAAUGGUAUAGAAACCGAUCUAUCCUCUGGAGAAGCCACCAACAAACUAAGUCACUACGAUCUGCGAAAAUGCUACAUUGACACUAUGUGCAUCUUUUCUGUGGGAGACCGAACAUAUGUGGUGAGACUCAAAAGCUCCACCGCCAAGUGCUUGUCUGCACAAAUGAGCGGAGAUACCCUAUAUUGCAUAAUAUCCGAUCAUCAGUGGACAGUAGUUAGGGUGACUUCUAGCGGCGAGCAGACAGAGGUGGUUAUAGGAGACCAGGAGCUGACACCCUUGCUUCAGGUGCUGCAUGGACAUGUGUUUGUAGAGCAGCCAUCUGUCUCGUACACCUCAACAGUCUACUAUGUGAAUAUGGACUCGCGCAUCUCUUACAAGCUGUACCGGACUGAUGGAAUGGGCUCUGGGCUUCCAUGUGCCGUGUUGGAUGGGUUCAUCUACGUGUACUAUGGAGUUGACCGACGGCGGCGGUUUAAUCGACAGAUGAUCAAGCUGUUUUGUGAUUUUGGCAGCAAGCAAAGAGAGUCUGGAAAGCAGCUCGGUUAUCAGGUGCCAGUCUACGUGGCGUGUAUUCAGUAUACGGACUCGGUGGAUUUAGCAGGAGGCACUCACACUAAGAUUCUGAGUGAUGCUACGGGCGCCUAUUGCUUGUCUCAUGACUUUGUCAAGACUAGUGGGCACUUGUGGAGGCCACGCGACCAUCAGAUUUUACAAUUUGAGCAGGACGAAGAACUAUUUCAGGUCUGUGUGGAGCAGGGACGGGGACGGGUGCAUGUGUAUAGGUAUGCAGAUAAAUUUCAUUGUGUGUAG